GCUAGGGGGCAGUCUGGGCAGCUGCUCCACCGCUGAGGCCUACAUUAAGGAGUGCUUCCGGACUCCACCUUCCUCUUUUCCUCGGCAUCGGGGCGCAGCCAUGGUGAACGUCCCGAAGACCCGCAGGACGUACUGCAAGAAGUGCAAGAAGCAUCAACCUCACAAAGUUACCCAGUACAAGAAGGGAAAGGACUCCCUCUAUGCACAGGGUAAGAGGAGAUACGACAGAAAGCAGAGCGGGUAUGGUGGUCAGACAAAGCCCAUUUUCAGGAAGAAGGCUAAGACUACAAAGAAGAUCGUGCUGAGGCUUGAGUGUGUGGAGCCCAACUGUAGAUCCAAGAGAAUGAUGCCCAUCAAGAGAUGCAAGCACUUCGAGUUGGGUGGUGACAAGAAGAGAAAGGGCCAGGUCAUCCAGUUCUAAACUGCUCAGUUUUCUGGAGGAAGUUUCAUUAUUUCCAAUAAAUGUAUCAAAACACA